GGCACUGGAACGAAACAUUGACGUUUUGUUUGUGUGAAUCAGAAAUUCUUUUGUCAAUCGGUUUAAAAUUUCUCUAAAAAUAUGGCAGAUAUUCAAGUAGUUACCCAGGAUUUUGUUAAUGUGCACAUCACGAAGUCUGAUAGCGAAGAUGCUGCGCCCGUCGAGAGAAGAUUCAAGAAAGGAAUUACUGUUAUGGACUUUAAGACUAAACUGGAGCUCGUAACUGGCGGCUCGGCAGCCACCAUGAAGCUGAAGGUCUAUGACAAGAAGAACAGCUUUGUGUGUGACAUAGACAAUGAUGAUGCACUGCUCGGCUCGUACCCUAUUGAUGACGGCAUGAGGAUACAUGUCAUUGAUAAGUUCGCUUUAGUUCAUGAUUUUGGGUCUUCAGACAGUGCAGAGAGGUUCCGUUUAUCAGAAGAAGAGUAUGAGAAGAAGGGUGACACUCUCCGCUCGUUCCUGCAGCGUAACCGCCUCGGCAAGUACAAUGAGGAGGAGAUGAACAAGCUCAAGGAACAACAGCAGAAAGAGCUUGAGGAUGAGGCUAAAAUCGCAGAGGCCGUGCUAGUAGGUGCUAGAUGUGAAGUCCGAGUGCCGCAGCAGCCCGUGCGCCGCGCCACCGUGCGGUACAACGGACCGCUCGACGGCGCCAAGGGACUGUGGAUCGGCGUGCAGUAUGAUGAACCGCGCGGAAAGAAUGAUGGCUCUGUGAACGGCAAGCGCUAUUUCACGUGUCCCCCAAAAUACGGGGGAUUUGUGAAACCUGUAUACGUGACAGUUGGGGACUUCCCGGAAGAGGAAUUUGAUUUAGAUGAUGAAAUAUGAUCGCUCAACAUUCACUGUCAAUUGCAUACAUAGGCCGCGGUAAAACAGGAGGUAUAACAUUGUGUUUGUAUGCAGUAUUUUAUUUGAAUAACACCGUAAGCUAUGAAUAUUGACCUUUUAUACGAAGGUGGCCCCUAGAACUACA